GUCCCGCUGCCCGCUCGGCGCGCAGCGGCUGGGCAUGGAGGAGUUGCUGCUGCUGCUGCCGCCGCUGUUCUGCCCGCGCCCAGCGGCUCCGGCACCGCCUGCUCCUUCUUCGGCCUGAAGCGUGCCCGCACUCUUGGAUCCCAGCGGGGAAGGGGGCUAUGGGCCGUCUCCCUGAGGUUCGGCGGCUGUGAGGCGGCUGGCGCUCGCUCGGGAGCCGAUAGGCUGCCGGCCGGCGGGCCAGCCAGGCUGCUGCUGCUGCGGCUGGAAGGGAACGAGUGCCGCUUGCAGCCGGCGGUGGGCAGCACCUCGGUGUCGGUGACUUGGGGGUGCCGGUCCCGCCGUCCGCGCCGCCGCCGCGGCGGUGGAUGGAUGCGCCAUGGCCACGCUGGUGUGCCGGGUACAGCUGCUGGAUGACACAGACCCCUUCAAUAGCACCAACUUCCCCGAGCCCACCCGGCCUCCGCUGUACACGUUCCGGGAGGACAUCCCGCUCGCCACACAGCUGGCCGGGGUGCACCGCCUCCUCCGCGCCCCGCAGAAGCUUGAUGACUGUACCCUGCAGUUGUCCCACAACGGUACCUAUCUGGAUCUAGAAUCCACCCUAGCAGAACAAAGAGAUGAAUUGGAAGGCUUCCAGGAGGAUGCUGGGAGAGGCAAGAAGCACAGUAUAAUUCUGAGGACCCAGCUGUCGGUGAGAGUUCAUGCCUGCAUUGAAAAACUUUACAAUUCCAAUGGACGGGAGCUGAGACGGGCACUUUUCUCCUUGAAACAAAUAUUUCAGGAUGACAAGGACUUGGUUCAUGAGUUUGUUGUCGCUGAAGGUCUGACUUGCUUAAUCAAAGUGGGAGCAGAAGCUGACCAGAAUUAUCAGAACUACAUCCUGAGAGCUUUGGGGCAGAUCAUGCUCUAUGUCGAUGGCAUGAAUGGAGUAAUAAAUCAUAAUGAAACCAUCCAGUGGCUGUACACACUUAUUGGGUCGAAGUUCCGCCUGGUGGUGAAGACAGCACUGAAGCUGCUGGUGGUGUUUGUGGAGUAUACCGAAUCCAACGCACCACUUUUAAUCCAGGCAGUAUCUACUGUUGAUGAAAAGAGAAGUGCCAAGCCGUGGUCCAACAUCAUGGAGAUCCUGGAGGAGAAGGACGGGGUUGAUACUGAGCUACUGGUUUAUGCCAUGACCUUGGUUAACAAGACGCUGUCGGGGUUGCCAGAUCAAGACUCUUUCUAUGACGUGGUGGACUGUCUGGAGGAGCUAGGCAUUGAAGCUAUUUCACAGAGACACUUGAACAAGAAAGGAACAGACUUGGACUUAGUUGAGCAAUUUAACAUUUAUGAGAUGACACUGAGACAUGAGGAUGGAGAUGAGAGUGCUGACCUCCCUCCCAGUGGGCGCAAGGACCGAAGAAGGGCCAGUGUUGGUACAAAUGAGCGAAGGGGGCUAGAACGCAGACGUAGCCGCAGGCACUCAGUACAGAACGUCAAAAGCACUUUAUCAGCCCCUGCGAGCCCAUGCAGUCAGGCAAACACUAGCUUCAUGCUAGGCCAUGGACAGCACGUUGAAGAUCUCAGUGAGAGUGGGCUGGCGAUUGAGAGCCCUGUAGUCUCACAGGAUGACAUGGAUGACAGUGCAUUUGAGGCUGAGUUUAAAGCAUCUUCAGUAGAGGAGGAAGAGGAGGAAGAGGAGGAAGAAGAACAGCCAGUCACAGAACCUAAUACUGAGGAUGAGGGGGAGGAAGAGGCCUCUAGGCAGGUCAAAGCCAGUGGGGUCCCAGGUGCGUGGGAGGCUGUGAAUGAAAACCUCUCACGGUGUUCUGAUUCUUCAGCCAUGUCCAGUGCCAUUUCUCCAGCUGAGAGGCCUCCCUCCUGCUCUAGAGCAAAGAGCUCUCCUAGCAGCUCCUCUUCUGUGCCUGACUCAUCUGUCUCUCAUCAUAAUUCUGUCCUUUCAUCACCACCUUCACCUGCAGCAGCAUUGCUAAGUUCUUCCCAAAAUUCAUCAGCAUCCAUUACUCCAAAGGCAUCUCCAACGGUGGAGAAAUUACCUUAUGUACCACAUACUCCUUUUCACCUCUUCUCGUAUGACUUUGAAGAGACUCCAGCAUCUGUGAAGGAAAAGGAAGCAGAAGUGAUGAGGGAAAACAGAUACAAUAGCUAUGGCAGCAGCUCUUACUCUUCUCCACGACCUUACUCUGGUGUGAGUGCCCCUGCAACACCCACUUCUCGUUAUGGGACAACUCUUUCACCGCCUCAAGAGACCAAAACUGACAGGCCAGCUUUGGGUGGUCUUCUUACAUCAUCUUUUCGGCUGCACCAGGAGUCCUUGGCAGCAGAAAGAGAAAGACGACGCAAGGAGAGAGAAGAAAGGUUGCAAAGGAUAGAACGUGAAGAAAGAAACAAGUUCAACCGCGAUUAUUUAGACAAAAGAGAAGAACUAAGACAAGCAAGAGAAGAGAGAUACAAAUACUUGGAGAGGUUGGCAGCAGAGGAGUAUGAGAAGGAACUGAAGAGUCGGAGCAUAAGCCGAGGCAGAAGUGAGCUGUCCUUGAACCUGAGAUCUCCUUCAGCCCCAUCCUCACCUGCCCCAUCGUCACCUGUACCCAAGUGCAUCAGCCCAGCAUCCAUAGAGUCCCAGGAAGAGCUGAAGACCCCUUCCACCCCCUGUGGGACCCCUCAGCCUUCAGAAGUGAGUGCCAGUGAACCUGAACCAGAGACAGAGACAGAACCAGAACAGGAGGCUGAGGCCAAGCAGGGAACGGAGACACCCAAGGAAAUAGAGACUACAGAGGUGGGACCAGAGAGUGAGGUGGAGCAAGGACCAGAAAGAGAGCCAGAAGAAAGUGCAAUACUCAGUGAAAAAGAGAGGCAGAAUGAGGAAGUGAAUGAAAAAGACAACUGCUCUGCAUCCAGUAUAUCCUCAGCAAGCAGCACUUUAGAGAGGGAAGAGAGAGAGGACAAGUUAACCAGUGACAAUGAAACUGGUCCAUGGUCACAGACCAUUCAGGAUGCUGGUGUGAAUGAACAGUGCAGCAACAUUCUCAACAACAAGCGGUUUAUGCUGGACAUGUUGUAUGCGCAUAACAAAAAACCCAAGGAUGAAGAGGAGAAGGAGCUGGAGGCGAAGGAGGAAAAGAAGGAGACGGAGGAAAGUGAGGAGUCACUCACUAGCCUAGCCAGUAGGAUCUCUAUCCUUCAGGCCACAAAGCAGGCCAAAGACGAAAGCGUCAAAAAAAUGGAGAUUGGAAAUCUGGACAACCAAGGCAGCGUGAAAGCCUUUGCAGAAAAAUUCAACAGUGGUGAGCUGGCCAAGGGGACAGAUGUGCCUGAAGAUGAAAUCACUGAGCAGGUCCCUGAGAAAACUCCAGCACAGCCGAAGAAGGAAUCUGACUACAUCUGGGAUCAGCUCAUGGCUAAUCCUAGAGAACUUAAAAUCAAAGACAUGGAUUUUACAGACUUGGGGGAGGAGGAUGAUGUAGAUGUGUUGGACAUGGAUAUGGGUCCUGGGGACUCCCUUGUUCCCCCUCCUCCACCUCCACCUUCCUUUCUGGGUUUGCCUCCUCCACCACCUCCCCCGCUGUUUGGAUGUCCGCCUCCACCUCCACCCUCUGCUAAUUUAUUGGCUCCUCCUCCGCUGUUCAGCACUCCUCAGGGUUUAGGGUCACCCCAGGUUUCUAGGGGUCAGCCAGCAUUUAUAAAGAAGAAGAAAACCAUUCGUCUGUUUUGGAAUGAGGUACGGCCAUUUGAGUGGCAGUGUAAAAACAACAAACGCUGCAGAGAAUUCCUGUGGUCGAAACUGGAACCCAUUAAGGUGGACACUUCCAAACUGGAGCAUCUCUUUGAGUCUAAAUCCAAGGAACUGCCUGUCACAAAGAAAACUGCUGCAGAUGGGAAGCGACAGGAGAUCAUUGUACUGGACUCAAAACGAAGCAAUGCUAUUAAUAUUGGCUUGACUGUGUUGCCCCCUCCCCGCACUAUCAAGACUGCUAUAUUGAACUUUGACGAAUAUGCCUUAAACAAGGAAGGAAUAGAGAAAAUCCUGACCAUGAUCCCAACUGAGGAGGAGAAGCAAAAGAUCCAGGAGGCACAGCUGGCAAAUCCCGAUGUCCCCCUGGGCAGUGCCGAGCAAUUCCUUCUCACCCUCUCCUCCAUCAGUGAACUCUCUGCCAGGCUCCAGCUCUGGGCUUUCAAGAUGGACUAUGAGAUAGUGGAAAAGGAAGUUGCAGAGCCACUUCUAGACCUGAAGGAAGGAAUGGACCAACUAGAGCACAAUAAAACUUUGGGAUUUAUCCUUUCUACUCUGCUAGCCAUUGGCAACUUUUUGAAUGGAACCAACGCCAAAGCUUUUGAGUUGAGCUACCUCGAGAAGGUUCCAGAAGUCAAGGACACAGUGCACAAGCAGUCCCUCCUGCACCAUGUCUGCACUAUGGUGGUCGAAAAGUUCCCAGACAGUACUGAUCUUUAUUCAGAGAUCGGGGCCAUUACUAGGUCAGCCAAGGUUGACUUUGAACAACUCCAGGAAAACUUGUGUCAGAUGGAAAGGCGGUGCAAAGCAUCGUGGGAUCACUUGAAGGCUAUAGCAAAGCAUGAAAUGAAGCCAACUCUGAAGCAAAAAAUGUCUGAGUUCCUUAAAGACUGUGCAGAAAGAAUUAUAAUCCUGAAGAUUGUUCAUAGAAGAAUAAUUAACAGGUUUCACUCAUUUUUGUUAUUUAUGGGCCAUCCUCCUUAUGCAAUACGUGAAGUGAACAUCAAUAAAUUCUGCAAAAUCAUCAGUGAAUUUGCUCUGGAAUACCGCACCACCAGGGAGCGAGUUCUGCAGCAAAAACAGAAACGAGCAAACCACAGGGAAAGAAACAAGACCAGAGGGAAAAUGAUAACAGAUACUGAUGAAGAAGAGGAUGCUGAGUCCGGCAAGUUCUCCAGCAGCUCACCCCCCUGCCAGAGCCAGCCCCAGGGCCUGCAGUAUGCUGAAGAUGCUGCAGAGCAUGAGAACAUGAAGGCUGUACUGAAGACCUCCUCCAUUGGUGGGGAAAGCACCACAACACUCGGGGUCCGCACUCGAAGCCGGGCCAGCCGAGGCCGUAUUGGUUCAUGGAAUGCUGGCAACGACGAUUCACCUAAUGCAACAGAUGAUGCAGCAGAUGAGAUCAUGGAUCGCAUUGUGAAGUCUGCCACCCAAGUGCCAAGCCAGCGAGCGGUGCCUAGAGAGAGGAAGCGGUCACGAGCAAACAGGAAGUCAUCUCUGGAAACAAAACAUCCACUGCUGCUUGGAUGCAAAGUAGUUAUAAAGGAGGUUAACCGUCACAGGGAAGAAAAGUGAGAAGGACACUAAAGAGCGGACUGACACCAGAAGAAGCCAAAGCACUGGGCCUCAUCAGCACCUCUGAGAUGCAGGUUUGACAUCCCAGAGGUGGUGACUGGAAAAGCCGUUCAUCUGAAGCACACAGGCUGACAGCUCUUCAGUGUGGCAUUGACCUGCCAGCCUCCUCUGCUGCUCCCAACAUCCCAUCCUCUGUCUGUUUAAUUUUAAUAAGCAAUGAGAAGUGAAACUCCACAGCUAGGGCAGAAGAAGGGUGUGCCGCAGCUCAGCACAACAUCUGGACAGUAACCAAGGAAACGUUUGAGUGAAAGGUGAAAGUAUAUGGCGGCUUCUUCUCAUGAUGUGUUGGUGUGGGUAGGAGGGGGCUCCCUCCGAGUUAUCUGUCAUUAUGUGAGCUGUGUUUACGUUGGCUUACCUUGCACCGUUUUAGUCAUUGUAAAUGUAUGGCAUCUUGUCAAUGCAACAAAUAGUCCUUAAAGAGGCAAAAUAAGUCCUGUUACAGCAACCCUGAUUUUCCUAAAUCAGAUUCAUUAAGCAAAGAUGCACAGUCUGUGCAA